GACACGGGGAUAAAUAACAUUUUCCGUCUUAUAGCAUAAGAUUGUUUUAGGGCGAUGAUGUAUACGAUUUUCAUCCUUGUAUGAUAUGCGCGUUAAAAAACAAGGAAAGAGAGAGAAAAAGGAAGAGAAGACAUUGCUUCCCGCGUUUUCCAUCUCUGUUAUUAUACUUAGUAACCACAUUUCCUAACCCUCUUUCUUGUUCCUCAUGCGUGCAAGCCAUUCUCUAAUAUCUCUCUUCAUUUCUUGGUCAUUAACGGUUUCAAUUCUCUCCAAGCAUCUUCAAUCUUCUUUAUUUCUCUCUCUUCAAUUUUCUGUCGUUUUGCUUUCUCUUAAACCUAACCAUCCACUUUCAAAACUCUCUUGAUAAAAAUCUUAACAAAAAUCUGGUUUAUUUGUCUCUUUCUUCUUCAUUUCAGCUGUUUAUAAGUCGAACAAAAAUCUUAAAUUUUCUGAAAUUCAUAAAUUUUUCCAUCUGGGUUUUGUUCUUCAGUUUAGAAUCUGAACUGGGUUUGGAUUUUUUUUCUCAAAUUUUUCAUAUAAAUCAUUAAAAAAAAACACACUACAUUUCUGGGUUCUGCUCCGUUUCGUUGAAUUUUUAUGGUUUAUGAAUAGUGUAAAUUUGGGACUUGAAAUCUGAAAUAAUGGGAGGACAUAUGAGCAAGAAAGCGGCCGAAACGACAGCAGAAAUCAACAACCUGCAGUACACAACAGAGCUAACAUCUUAUGAAGCAGCCUGUAAAACUGACAGAGAUUUGCAGUCCUUUGACACAAACCUUCAUGCUAGAACUAAUCAUGUGAUCAACUCAUUAGCAGUAGGUGUUGAAGUCCGCUCGCUUUCGUUCACUUCGAUGAAGGAAGUCACUGAAUGCUUAUUGGAGAUGAACCAAGAAGUUGUGAAGGUUAUCUUAGAGUGCAAGCAAGAUAUAUGGAAAACACCAGAAUUAUUUGAGCUUGUUGAAGAAUACUUUGAGAAUAGUUUGCAAACCCUUGAUUUCUGUGCUGCAUUGGAGAAAUGCCUUAAAAGGGUUAAAGAUAGUCAGUUGCUUAUAAUGGUGGCUAUGCAACAGUUUGAGGAUGAAGGCGGUGCAGGGGAAACGAGGUACUCGAAAACUUUGGAGGAGUUGAAGAAUUUUAAGGCUGCUGGUGAUCCUUUUACUGAGGAUUUUUUCCAGAUAUUUCAGUCUGUUUAUAAACAGCAACUCUCAAUGCUUGAGAAGUUGCAACUUAGGAAAAAUAAGCUGGAUAAAAAGUUGAAAUCUGUUCAUGCUUGGAAGAAGGUUUCUAACAUCAUAUUUGUGACCACUUUCGCCGCAGUUCUGAUCUGCUCUGUGGUGGCAGCAGCCACCUUGGUUCCACCAGUUGCAGCGGCUCUAGCUGCUGCAACGGCGAUCCCUGUGGGAUCUGUAGGGAAGUGGAUUGAUUCCCUAUGGAAGAACUAUGAAACUGCACUAAAAGGGCAAAAGGAGGUCAUUAGCAGUAUGCAGGUAGGGACAUAUAUUGCUAUAAAGGACUUGGAUAACAUUAGGGUGUUGAUAGACCGACUAGAAAUCGAGCUCGAGUCCCUGUUAAAAACUGCUGAUUUCGCAAUUUCUGAAGACGCUGUUAAGCUUGGGAUUGAAGAGAUCAAGAAGAAGAUGGUUGUAUUUACAAAGAACGUCGAAGAUUUAGGUGUGCAAGCUGAUGUCUGUAGUAGGGAUAUCAGAAGAGCUAGGACUGUUGUCCUGCAGAGGAUCAUCAAACAUCCUAACAGCUGAAAAAAGAAAGAUUGACUGACUUCAAAAUUUCUCUCAUUGUUAUGUUGUUGUUUUUAGACACUUUGAAUUUGAAAUACAUUAUUCUGUAUCUGUAAUUCUUGCAAUUGAAUUCAUUUCAUUAGAUGUUACAAAUCACAGGAUUUGGAUUUCUUAUUUGAACAUAAUAUUCAUCAAAUAAAAUUAUGUCAUAAUCUGUAGUAGUUCAAA